AUGCUCGUAGGUUGUAGCUUGGGGCUAGACUACAGCUUCGGGCUGGCGGGUCACUUGGAGGCUCCGCGCACGAGUGACCCAGCUCCUCCUCUCUUCCCCUUCCUUCCCCUCCCCUCCUCCAAUUUUGUCUCCCUUUCCCUCCCUUCCCCUCCUUCCUCAUUUCCCCCUCCCCCCCUCCCCUCCUCCCCCCCUCUCCCUGUUCCCCGCAGAGCUGGGAUCAGCUGGGAUCAGGUGAUGCUGAUAUUCCUAGUCCAUAAAGACACUAUCUGCACACUAGCGGCGCACGAGUGUCUGGGCCGAUCCCAGGCGCGGUACCACCUGGAAAAUCUCCUUGAGGACUUCCGCGCGCACGAGCGCGGGGGGGUGCUCUCCUUCUCCGCGCACCAGCGCCUCGAGCGGAAGCUCCAGGCGGUAGUUUCCGCCAACAAGGGCGUCGUUCCGCCGCGCGUCGUAUUAUACCUGUACCCCGGCGCGCCUAAGAAGUUCUUAACUAAGGAGGAUCAAGAACCGGAGUAUAUUAAGCCGGAGGGGAAAACGCGGCUACAGAAGGCAUUAGAAGAAUUUGACGAAGAUGAUGACUUCGUGUUCUCGACCGAGCAUAAGGAAGCCAUGGCGGCCGCGGCAGCGGCGGCGGCGGGCGCGGGGAGAGAAGUGGGAGGCGCAGUGGGGAAGCGCGGAGGUCUGCCGCCGUUAGCAGGAAAGGGAAGGAAAGGGGGGGGAGCGGGAGCAGGUGGGGCAGGGGGAGGGAAAGCAGCGCCGCCAGUUUCAGUGUCGCAGCGGUUUUCGAGAGAGCUAUGGCGGUUAAAGAACCCUACAGACGCGUGGCAUGGCGCGUACCCGUACCUUAGUGAAGCCCUCACCCCGGCCGUGCCUGAUCCAAAGGCGUCGAAGCAGCAAAAAACGAAGCGUGGGGCGUCCGCGUUAGCAGUCGCCGCAGCGUCAGCAAAAGCCGCCAAGGGGCGGCGGCUUUCGUCGUCAUCCGACCCAGGCCUGAACGACCCGCCAAGCCCGAGGUUCGGGUGGGGCGGCGGGGGGAUUUCCGACGGAUCCCUAUGGCUCUCGGGCUUACAAGGCCGCAUGAGUCCGUCACUGUCCAUGGAUUUUUCCCAAAUGGGGGCGCCGGAGGGGCCAGGGAGUGUGCUACAAGCAGGGUUGAACCUCAUGUUCGAUGCGUCUAUAGGGAUAACGUCAGAGUAUGCGGCUAUGAGGAGCCGUAGCACGUGGUCUGUGCAGCUAACGAGGGUUUCCGCUGAGAGUAGUAACAACUGGGAGGUCGGGUUUGGGGAGCUGAAACGAUGCGCGGCCGCCGGGGGGGUUGUGGGGAUCGCGGUUGUGGGGAGUAAAGGGGAGGGGGGCAAGGGGGACGGGGGGAAGGGGGAGCGGGGGGAGCGGCCGGGGUCUCGAGGGGGGAAGGGUGAGGGGCGGAGUAGCAAGAGCAGCAGUGCGAAGGAGAGUGCGAGAGAUGGGAGCGCGAGAGAGAGUAGUACCACAAGCAGCAGCAGCACGAGAAAGUCUGGGGCGAUGACAGGGAUAGUAAGUCGGAAGAAGGACGGUACGCAUAGUGUGAUGAUCGCACGGGGCGGCAGCGGGUCAGCGGUAGACCUCAAGAGCCGGAAACACGACAUAGGAGGUGCAAAAGGGGGGGAAGGGCCGGAAGCAGGGUCACAAGAGGGUGCGGAGCCGCAAAAAGAAGGUGAAGCUGCGAAAGAAGGGGGCGAGAGGAAGGGGAGGGAGAAGAUCAAGGGGCAUAUUCAGGCCCGCGCGCCCUCGGGGUUAUCUUGGGAGGAUGAAAUCGCGUCCCAACUAGCUGCAGUGGGCGUUAGAGUAGCGCCCAGCAAGACUGGCGAAGAAAGCAGCAGCAGCGGCGACGACGACGACAAGAAGAGCAAGGACGGGCGGAAAUCUGGGAUCGACCAAUCGCCGCGCGCCGCGUCAGCGGUGUACGGGUCACAGGCGGGCAGCAUGGGGGCGAGGAAACCCAAGGGGCCGACGACCUCAGUGUUUGAGAAGAAACGGCCAGAGUAUACCCGGUCACCGUCCGACCUGCAUGGUGAUCAUGGGAGGGCGAGCAGCGGAGGGAGUGUGGGUCGGGCAUCGGGAUUGGCCGGGCUGGGGCGGCUUGCGAGGGGGCUAAAGAAGACGUUUAACAUUCAGGGCGAUCAGCAUGCGAGCUGA